AUGGUCCUCCUCAAACAGCAGCCGUCAAGAGAUUUGGUUCCUACUAUUCUCAAACUUCACGCGUCCCUCUCAGAGGCUCGCAGCUUGGACCCUAGUCCAGCCAUCAAUGCUCUCUUUUCAUCCCUGGUUGAAUUGUGCGAGAGAAACUGGCCGAGGAGCGUUGUGGAAGAUGUUCUCGGGAAUGAGAGUGUUCAAGAGGUUGUAGGCAGUUUAAGAAGGUUGUGCUCUGAGGGCGAGUUUAGGUUGGAGAUGGAAUGGGUUGUAAGGAUUUUAGAGGGACACGGCGCUAUCAAUGACUUCCCUUACUAUAACAAUUACAUUGACCUCACACGCCUCGAGCUCAACGCUCUCCUCUCCCUCACACCUCCCACUGCGCCCCCAACGCAAUACAUCUUCAUCGGCUCCGGUCCCCUCCCUCUGACGUCCAUCUGCCUCGCGCAGGAACUAUCUGAACGGUUCCCCGAGCGUACACAAAGGAUCCACAACAUGGACCUCUCGGACCGCGCCAUCCAAACCUCAUCCAAACUCGUAGGAUCAAAACUCGACAACGAGCAUAUCUCGCAGAUGAUGAGUUUUGAGGUGUGUGAUGUGUCCAACGGAGUCCAAUUGAAUGAAUUUGAUGUGGUGUACCUUGCGGCACUUGUGGGGUUGGAUUCGGGCGAGAAGCGAAAGGUUUUAGAACAUGUCCGUAAAGGAAUGCGCCAGGGAGCUUUAUUGGUGGUGAGGAGCGCGCAUUCGCUGAGGGGACUAUUAUACCCACCUGUGGAGAUUGACUCGCUGGAAGGGUUUGACCCCCUGCUGGUCGUUCAUCCCCAUAAUCACGUCAUCAAUUCGGUGCUGAUUGCUCGGAGGGUUUAA